CGACCUCGACCUGCCUCCCGGACGACGGGGUGCCGCAACUAUCCUGGUUUUCCGGCGAUUUCCCCUGGAUUUUGGACGUUUUCGCAGACUUCGAGAUGGGUGGAAUCCAACGAAUUGCGUGCACGGAUGGCAGGGUCUGGGUCGACGGGAUGAGGAGCUGGUGGAGGAGAUGGUGAUGUGAAGGUGGAGGUUGCUUGCGGUCGUUGCGGGCGCUAUACCCGCCUCAACGCCUAUGCGUUCUACCAUCCACCUUCGACGCUUCGUAACAGCAACGAACAGCCGAUCGAAACCGCGUCGUACAUUUCGACUGAAGCCGCGCCGGGACUUGCCACUGCCCGGGCAAAGCGCGGGGGCGAGGAGGAGAACAUCGGGGUCGGCGUGACACCGUCACGCUCGGUCACGCGCUUGCGCUUGUCCUUCCACCACGACCAACACCGCCGCGGCCACCGCCUGCCUUAGCGCCCGGCCACCGAACAUCUAGGACAAAGACGAAAAACACAGACGACGGGGCGUAACGGCCCUGCGAUGCAAGACGACGGGAACCAGUGGACAUUCCUGCCUCUCCAGCCCCUCUCGCCUCGCCACACCGUCGCGCCGCCGACGCUGCAAGACGUCCUUCUCAGCACCGACCAAGCUCCCCAACCGAUCCCCGAGCCCGCAUACACUCACCCAGCCCCGGCGCCGAACCACGUCACGCCCAAUCGGCUCACCAUCCGCCUCCCGCCGCCCCACACUUCACCCGCUCACCAUCCAACACAUCUCGAGACCGUUCCAGACAUGCCUGAGACGCGACGCGCGGCACGCCACCGCCAAAGCGUAGGCGAGCAGAGCCAGAGCGGACCAUCGGGGUCCGAGUACAAUGGCUCCAACUCGUCCCAUCACAUGGACGAAGACGACAUCCCGCACAAACAAGAAGACGAGGAACAGCCGCCGGUGAUGAGCCGAACGCGCAGUGGGCGGCCCGUCACCAAGAAGAACUACCAGGAGAGCGACACCGACGACAUGUUCGAAGAGGAGCUCGAGGCGGGCAUGCAACCGCGGCGUCCCGCGACGAAGAAAGGCGGGGCCGCGAAAUCGAGAGGAGGAGUGAGAUUGAUACAGAGCGACGAUGAGGGUAGCGGUACGCCGAAGGUAUCGGCAGAGGCGGAGGCAGAGGCGGAUGGACCGCGAUACUCGCUGCGUGCGCGAGGCGGGGACGGCGGACGGGCGGGCAGUCGCUCGAGCGGCGGGAGCGACAAGACGGCGGGCGGGCGCGCUACGCGCUCGUCGGGCAGGCUAACGCGGACCCGGCCAGCGCCAGCCCCCGCGCCCGCCGCUACGUCGAUGCGGCGCACGCGGUCGAGCGCGCGCCGCUUGCAGGAGGACGACGGCUACGUCGACCGACCGAGCAGCGACGCGGACGAGGACGCGGACGCGUCGUUCGAGAACGCGCCGCCGACGGACCCGUCCGAGCCGCACGACGACGACGAUGCGUACGGCGAGGAGGACGCGGACGGGGACGUCAUCGUCGGUGGAGGCGAUGACGAGGUUGGCGGUGAUGACGAGGGCGUCGAUGCUGGAGGCCGUCCUUACCGCCUCCGCAAGAAGCAAAAGGUCAACUACGCGAUUCCACCCCCGCUCGAGGAGCUGAAGGCGCCGCCGCCUCCGAAACGGCCGGCGAAGCGUGGCGGAGGGAGGAAGGGUCCGGGAUGGAGCGCGACGGGGGCGGAGCUCGAUCGAUGGAUGCGAGGUUUCGUGCCCGCCGGCGACGACUCGGACUCGGAUUAUGCGCGUACACCCCGAAAACCGUUCGGCCUCGGCGUUGCAGGCGCAGGUUCGGGUGCGGUCUUUGCAGGGGGAGCGGGCGCUGCUGCGGGCGGAGGCGGGCUGUUUGCAGGAGAUCUGGCGGCUGCCGCCGGCACGCCGAGCAACCUGGGCAAAUUGGGCGACGCCGCCCUCGCCGAUGCGGAUCCUCUCGGAGUGAAUCAGAACGUCACGUUCGACGAGGUUGGCGGUCUGGACGAUCACAUCAACUCGUUGAAGGAGAUGACCCUAUUACCGCUCCUGUACCCCGAGGUAUUCCAACGUUUCGGCUUAACGCCGCCGAGGGGCGUGCUGUUCCAUGGUCCACCGGGGACGGGCAAGACCCUUCUAGCGCGUGCACUCGCCGCCAGCUGUCGCUCAAACGGCAAGGGCAUCUCAUUCUUCAUGCGUAAAGGCGCCGACUGUCUUUCCAAAUGGGUUGGCGAGGCCGAACGCCAGCUACGCCUCCUCUUCGAAGAAGCGAAGAACUCGCAGCCGUCGAUCAUCUUCUUCGAUGAGAUCGACGGCCUCGCGCCCGUCCGAUCCUCGAAACAGGAUCAGGUCCAUGCGUCGAUCGUCUCCACUCUCCUUGCACUUAUGGAUGGCAUGGACGGCCGCGGCCAGGUCGUCGUCAUUGGCGCCACUAACCGUCCAGACGCCGUCGACCCCGCCUUGCGCCGCCCGGGUCGCUUCGACCGCGAGUUCUACUUCCCGCUGCCGAGCUUGCCCGCGCGCGAGCGGAUAUUGAGGAUCAUGACGAAGAAGUGGGAAGGGUGGGAGGGCGAGGAGGGCGAGGAGCGGGUGAGGGGGCUUGCCCGGCUGACGAAGGGAUAUGGGGGUGCGGACUUGAGGGCGCUGUGUACGGAGGCGGCGUUGAACUCGGUGCAGAGGCGGUAUCCACAGAUAUACAAGUCGACGGAUAGGCUACUGCUCAAACCGGAGACGAUCGGGGUCGAGCUGAGGGACUUCAUGAUCGCCGUGAAGAAGCUCGUGCCGUCGUCUGCGAGAUCUGCAUCCACAGCUGCGGCGCCGCUACCAACACAGCUCGUGCCAUUGUUGGAAGAUGCCCUCGAACGUGCUAAGGGCGUGGUGGACAAAGUGAUGCCAGUCAGUAAGAAGCGGACUGCGCUCGAGGAGGCGGAGUGGGAGGACGAGAGCCAGGAGGGCGCGUUGGAGCGCGAGCUCAUGCUGCAAUCGAUGGAGACGCUGCGAGUGUACCGGCCGAGGGUGGUACUACAUGGCGCUCCGGGCAUGGGACAGAGCUUUGUCGGCGCUGCUGUUCUUCAUCACCUCGAGGGAUAUCACGUUCAGAGCCUUGAUCUCGGGAACCUCAUGGGCGACUCGACGCGGACGACGGAAGCUGCUAUCGUCCAAUUGUUCCUGGAGGCAAAGCGGAAUCAGCCGUCGGUCGUGUACAUACCCUCCCUCGUCGGAUGGUGUGCUGCAGUCACCGAGACCGCACGUUCCACGGUCCGUGCCAUGCUGGACACGCUCGCGCCAACGGAUCCGAUCCUGCUCCUUGCGGUCGUCGACGGCUCCUUUGCGUCACUACCCCGUGAUGUUCGAGCAUGGUUCGGACCCACGAAGGAGAACAGGGUGCUGCUCCAAGCGCCGAGUGCCUCCCAACGGGAACGAUUCUUCGAGGGGUUGAUCAAGGACAUCUAUCGUCCCCCGAACCAGUUCCCGGAUGGCAUCAAGCGGAAGAAGCGAGUGCUGGAAGAGCUACCCGUCGCCCCGCCACCGGAGCCCAGGCAGCCCAGUGCAGCCGAGUUGGCCGUUCAAGAGGAGCACGACCAGAGGACGAUCACGCUGCUCAAGUUCCGUCUCGGUCCUAUCCUCACGGAACUGAAGCGCAAGUUCAAGCGGUUUACUAAGAGGGCAGGGGAGGAGUAUGAUCUCAGCAUGGGCGAACCUGGCACACAAGAGGUCGUCCCGGAACCCGAGCAAGCGCUCGCUGUGCCUCAGCCUGUGAAUGGAGACGUGCAUGUUAACGGGUUCGCCGAAGCGUCACAGUCUCAACUGCCGAUCGUGCAAAUCGAGAUCGACGGCGUUCUCCAGGAACAGGCUCAGGUCCAGAUACGGCCCAGGUUGUUUGAUAUGGAUUUGGAGCGCAUACACCACGAACUCUACAAGAACCGCUACCUAACACCUGGCGAGUUUCUAGAUGACAUCGGAAAGAUCGUGCACAACGCAGAGGUCAUGGUCCACGAAGAUCCGGAGCGACUGUACAAAGCUCAGGCCAUGUACACUGCCGCUGAGGUCAGCAUGCACGACUUCGACCCGCAGAUGCGGCUGGAAUGCGAGCGGAUGGCCCAGCGAGAGCGGAAACGGAGGGACGAGUGGAAGCGAGAACGGGAGAAGGAGAAGGGCAGGGAGGCGAACGGCCUGGCACCCGCGCUCGGCACUAGGCGGAGUUCGCGACACAAUGGGCAGCAACUAGAGGUUGAAAUGACGGAUCCGGUCCUCAUCGAACGGAGGUUAAAGAGGCAGCGAUCAGGCGAUGGAGCUGGCGACUCUCAGGCUUCCGGCUCGGAGGGUUCUACUGGACCUUCCGCCAAGCGGUCCAGGAUGGGCAGCCCAGAUGACCUUGAUCUGCUGGGCCCGUUGCGGGCUAACGGCGUUCGGUUUGCGGAGGACAUGCAAGCCGUCGAACCGCUUCCAUCACUCCAGCAAUCGCUCUCGGAGGUGGCUCCGCCGCCAACGAUACCCACACAUUCUCAACAAAAUGAUGAUCCGUUCGCUAUGCCGACGUUCAUGCCCCAACCUUCCGCGUCUAUAUCGUCGCUACUUAACCCCACGAGCCCGGUGGAGAUGGCACCUGCCGUGCAUGCCUUCCCAGCACCAGGCAUCAUACCGUCUUCAUCCACCCUUCCUGUCCAUCCCAUACCAGGUCAAGAGGCUGUCGAAUUGCCACAGGCAGAGUCCACAGACGACAGCGCCGCUACCACCGAGCCCGAGCCCGAGCCCUCUCAGGCGCCCAUGGAGGUCGAACGAGAGCCGACGCCUUUGCCAGAUUUCGUGAUCGACGACGCUCAGGUAGAAACGCUGAAGACGACGCUCGUUACGAAGACGGAAUCACUGGCCAUCGAGGAGCUGGAGCAACUGCGGGCGACCUGCCUGGGGAUCAUCUGGCGACAUCGAUCCGACUGGAAUCGCGCCGGCUUGAUCCAAGAACUCACGGAGACUGCAUUGGAAUAUGUGAAUGACCUCGCAGUGGAUGCUGCUUCACCAAUAUAACCAUUCUCACGUCGAUGUCUAUCAUAUUUAUCGCAGCGUGUAAAUACUGUAACAAUGUCUGUAAUUUAA